CGGGAAAGGAGCGAGGCGGACGCGCGGGCGGCUCCGGGUGCCUCCUCGAUGCGCCCCGGCGGGGAGGGCAGCGGCGGCCGCCAUGGGGUCGUGCGUGACCAAAGGUGAGCCUCUCCGCCGCCGCGCCGCCCAAGGUCAAGGGGGAGAGGGGCUCCCUUCCUCCGGAGGAGCGCCCGCCGGGGACGAAUUAGCAAAGCCGCCGCCCUUGGGGACGGGGAGGGAGGGCGAGCAGGGUCUGCUCCUCUCCCUCCCCAUCCCCGGGACGCCCGGGCUGGAGGGGGAGGGGGCGCGCUGGGCUCACCUAAUCCGCCCCCCACCCGCUUCUUGGCCCGCGUCUGUUGCGCUUCCUUCCGCGCGGCUGCUCAGCAGCGGAGGGACCAGAAUCGCGCCCGGCGGGGGGAGCCUGUUGUUAUUUUCCUCACCGCCCCCCCUCCGCAGUCGCCGGGAAGGGAGACGCUUGGAAUACCUGAGGUGAGGCAGGUCCUGGGUUCGGAUUCUGCCUCCCCGUCAAGGUGCCUGGAGAGACACGGGAGGGGGGCAGCCAGUGGGCUGGAGAGCACGUGGACUGGUAGGAAACAGGACCUGAGGAGCCCUGGCCCCCUGCUGCCCCCUCCCCCCCCCAACCAUAGCUGUCAACUUUUUCCUUAUCUUGCGAGGAAUCCUAUUCAGAAUAAGGGAAUUUCCCUUAAAAAAAAAGGGAAACGUUGGCAGCUAUGCGCCCAACCCAGAGCAGCAGCAGCUGGGAUCUCCCUCCAAAUCCGGAGACACGCCCCCACAUCCAUUGCCAGCCCCCUGGCCUUCCUGUUGCUGCCAGCUGAGAUGGCUAAAUGGGGCCUCCACACCCAGGAGCAGUCUACCUCUGCACAGCCGCAGUUGUGGGUUUCUAGGGAGGUACCUGCUUGGUCUCUUCAGGGAAGGAGGAAGCUGGGCUAAAUGAACCCACCAUGGUCGGAUCCAACAGGGCUCUUGUUUGUAUUUUACACAUGCUCAGUAAAGGUAAAGGGACCCCUGACCAUUAGGUCCAGUCGCGGAUGACUCUGGGGUUGUGGCGCUCAUCUUGUUUUAUUGGCUGAAGGAGCCGGCGUACAGCUUCCGGGUCAUGUGGCCAGCAUGACUAAGCCGCUUCUGGCGAACCAGAGCAGCGCACAGAAACGCCGGUUACCUUCCUGCCAGAGUGGUACCUAUUUAUCUACUUGCGCUUUGACGUGCUUUUGAACUGCUAGCUUGGCAGGAGCUGGGACAGAGCAACUGGAGCUCACUCCAUCGCAGGGAUUUGAACUGCCGACCUCCUGAUCGGCAAGCCCUAGGGUGGGAUCCAAGCUGGUACUGGGGAUCAACUUAAGAUGGGGACAAAGCAGAUCCCUAGGAGCAAGAGGCCUCUUGGAGUGAGCAGCCGUGAGUGCCAGCUUUUGACUCACACAGAGACCUUCCCCAAGCGUGGGGGCUCUGCUGGUUUCUUAAGCAAGGGAGGAAACUUGCAAAGCAGGAGGAAGACUGUAAGCUCAGGGACUGUGCUUAUGACAUGGGAAGAAGGCCGUGUAAACAGAGGCUUAACGCCCAGGGAAGUGGGAGAUGUUCAGAGCGGCAACAGGGCUUCUCUGUGUGCGAUUCUGUGAUUCCAUCCCCUGCCAGCAGCUGAUUUCAGCUUCUCUUGUUUGCACCAGACUGUCUGUGCUGAGACUGUUGAGACAAGGGUGAGGAGAGACUGAGAAAAGCAGACCUGGGGAAAGAGGGAAGCUCAGGGAAGAUUCAAAUCUUCAAAUCAAGGCAGCUUUGGCAAACUGAGUGAGGUGGGGUCAUGGCAGUGAAGGAAAUAGCUGCUCUAGGCAAAGAUGGGAUGAAAUGGAGCGAGCCCUCGCUCCUUUCUGCAGAGCAAAGGACCGAAACAGGCUCUGUUGGAAAUCACUGAGGACUAGAACCUUACAUUUAGUGCAGAGGAGGCGUGAUGGCGGAGAUCCUCAGCUCCUCCAAGCCAAGGCACUACGGAACAAGCCCAAAGGUCAAGCUUUUGGCGUUGACUUACAGAGCCAGUCCUGGGCACAUGAAGGCGUAGCAAAGAAAGGUGCCUCUCAGCAUGUGCAAAAUGCCAACCUCCUCCCUCCCUCCCUGACCACCACUGUCUGGGAUUAGAAGGUGGUGGGUCCUGGCAGGCGCCCUUCCACUCCCCUUGCGCCCCUUUAAAGGUGUCUGGUGGUGCCUGCUGGUUCUCAGUCGCAACUUUUGUCCUGAAAGGAGCCCCCCACUAAAAAGGGGGGGGUUUGAUCCACGUAGGCGCCUUUCUGAAUGCAAAAAGAGCAGCUGCAGAAUGGAGCUUUUGGGUUUGUCCUGAGUCCCCCUGGCUCCCCGGCUCCCUGCUGGAAGAUGCGUCAUCCAAACCCAUUUGAAGUGUGUUUAUUUCAUUGCCUCGGAUGUGAGGUGACUCAAAAAUUUAAGGAACAGGAGACCUGCUGGAUCCAGCCAAAGGCCUCUGAGCCCAGCCUCCUGUCCUUGUGGCAGCCAACCAGAAGGAAGACGACCUGAGCAUAACGCCAGCACGCUCCCAGCUUGCGAUUCCUCGUAUUCAGACUGCCGGAUUAGAUCAUAGCCAUAACCUUUGGCAGCUGUAAUCCUCCUCUAUGAAUUUGUCUAAUCCUCCCCCCUCAAAAAAGCCAUCUAGUUUGGUGGCUAUCAUUGCCUCCUGCUGGGGUGAGUUCCAUUGUUGAAAUCUGUGCAGGGCAUCCUUUUAAUAUGUACAGUGGUACCUCGGGUUAAGUACUUAAUUUGUUCUGGAGGUCCGUUCUUAACCUGAAACUGUUCUUAACCUGAAGCACCACUUUAGCGAAUGGGGCCUCCUGCUGCCGCCGUGCCACUGGAGCACGAUUUCGGUUCUCAUCCUGAAGCAAAGUUCUUAACCCGAGGUAACCUGAAGCAUAUGUAAUCUGAAGCGUAUGUAACCUGAGGUACCAGUGUAUAAUAAUAAUAAUAAUAAUAAUAAUAAUAAUAAUAAUAUAUUUAUACCCCGCCCAUCUGGCUGAGUUUCCCCAGACACUCUGGGCGGCUCCCAAUCGAGUGUUAAAAACAAUACAGUGGUGCCUCGCAAGACGAAAUUAAUUCGUUCGGGUUUUUUUGUCUUGCGAAUUUUUCAUCUUGCGAAGCACUGCACCUCUUCAAGCAACUGCACCUCUUCAAGCAAUGCACCCUGGGUAUUAACGGUUUUAAGAAAAAGGAAAGAAACUUGCAAGACGUUUUCGUCUUGCAAAGCAAGCCCAUAGGGAAAUUUGUCUUGCGAAGCAACUCAAAAAACGAAAAACUCUUUCGUCUUGCGAGGCAUUCGUCUUGCGAGGCAUUCAUCUUGCGAGGUACCACUGUACAGCAUUAAAUAUUUAAAGCUUCCCUAAACAGGGCUGCCUUCAGAUGUCUUUUAAAGAUAAGAUAGCUGCUUAUUUCCUUCACAUCUGAAGGGAGGGUGUUCCACAGGGCGGGUGCCACCACCGAGAAGGCCCUCUGCCUGGUUCCCUGUAACCUCACUUCUCGCAAUGACGGAACCGCCAGAAGGCCCUCUGAAUCUCCCACCAUUCAGCUUCUCUGAGUGACCCCACUGGGUCCAAAUGUUAUGAGAGAGGGAGGGGGAAAAAACAUUUAUUUCUUACUCAAUACCAGGCAUAAUCUUAUAUGUUUCUAUCAUGAGCCCGCACCCCACGGCUCUUCUCCCCCGCCCCUAAGCUAACAAGCCCCCAAACCUCAUAAUCUUUCCACCUGGGGGAGUUGCUCCACCCCCUUUCAUCAUUUGGGUUGCCCUUUUCUGAAACUUUCCCCAGCUCUACAAUAUUCUUGGUUUGCACUCUCCCUGCUCGGAAAAAACCUCUCCCCAGUUUUGUGGAGAAGCCUGGGGGGGGUAGCAGGGGAUGGGGGGGAGGUCACAGCAGGACAGCUCUUCUGCCCCCCAGAAGCUCUGCUGAUCUUUUCUUUCUGCUCCUUCUUCCAGAUUUCCUCGCAAGCGCCCACAAGGACCAGGCUGUUGUCACCCCUCAGCUGGAAAGCCCCCCUGUUGCCCCACAAGAGAGCCAUGGCCUUUCCAAUGCCCCAGAGAAGGACGGCAGCGAGGUAACUGCUUUUGGCAUGACCCAUCUCUCUCCCGUGGGAAUGGUGGUGGAUCUGUGGAGCUCCUAGAUUUCUGGUCUCCUGUGCCUGCACUGACUGGCAGCAGUGGCUCUCCGGGGUCUCAGAUGGCAGACGUUCCCAGCCCUACCAGGAGAUUCCAAGGACAGAACCCAGGCACCUUCUGCAUGCCAAGCAGGUGCUCUUCCUUUGAGACAUAAGAAAUGUCCAUAUCCUGAGUCAGACCGUGGGAUCCCAUCUAGCUCAAUACUGUCCACACUGACGGGCAGCGGCUUCUCUGUGGUUUCAGGCACAGGCAGUUUUCCCCCAGGAGAUGCUGCCUGGGAUUGAACCCGGGACCUUCUGCAUGCCAAGCAGGCGCUCUACCUCUGAGCUAUGGCCAUUCCUGGUGCCAGAGACCCCGAAAGAGCCGCUGCAAAACAGAGCAGGCAGCAGGGGGGCAGAUAACUUUCUCUCUUGCCUUUUUUUUUUUAAAAUAAUAUUUAUUACUUUUCCAAAAAAUUUAAACACUAAAAAAAAAUACAAUACAAUACAUUAAACUAGCAAAACAAAACAAAAACAAUAAAAUAAAUCAAACAAUUUCAUUAUCCCAUCUUUCAUUCACUUAUUUCCACGACCUCCUCACACCUCCCUUUUUGUAUUCCACUUCUGUUAAUUAUUUCAGCAAUUCCUUUCCAUCUUCCUCUGUUUUCUAUCCUAUAAUUAUCUUAACUCAUUCUAACCUUAUUUUUUCCUUUAAUACUCUAUUAAUCUAUUUAUACUUAAUUCCUUAUAACAUUUCUACUAAAGCCAUGUAACUUCAUUCCAACAUUUUUCUAACAUUCAUUAAUUUUACAGUAUUUCUGUAAAUAAUCUUUAAACUUUUUCCAAACUUCUUCCACCGACUCUUCUCCCUGGUCUCGGAUUCUGCCAGUCAUUUCCGCCAAUUCCAUUUGGUCCAUCAACUUCAUCUGCCAUUCUUCCCGGGUGGGUAAAUCUUGUGUCUUCCAAUAUUUUGCGAUGAGUAUCCUUGCUGCUGUUGUUGCAAACUUUCUCUCUUGCCUAAGGUUGCUUCCUCCACCUAAAAGCAGGUGAUGCACCUGUCAGAAUGAAACCACCCCUUUUCCCAGUCCUGCUCUUUCACUCCCCCCACUCCUGACCCCCACUCCAUCUGUUUUCUCUUCUUGCAGAAAUGCUUCAAGCCCUCUGGCGGGCUCCUCUCCAGUGGAGACACCGGCGUCCCCAGCACCUACCACGUGACGGCCCUGGCCACCUCUUCCCUGGGGGGUAGGUACACCUGCUCUCCCCCUCGCACCCUUGACUUCCAGAACUGCACCAUGUGUCCUGCUUCUUCCAGGCUCUGGCCCUCUCUCUGUUUCCAAAUGUGCUCUUCAGAACAUCUCUGGAAAACCAAUAAUAAUAAUAAUAAUUUAUUACUUAUACCCCAGCCACUCUGGGCAGCCCCAACAAAAUAUUAAAAUACAGUAAUCCAUCAAACAUUAAAAGCUUCCCUAAAAAGGGCUGCCUUCAGAUGUCUUCUAAAAGUCUGGUAGUUGUUGUUCUCUUUGACAUCUGGUGGGAGGGCAUUCCACAGGGCGGGUGCCACCACUGAGAAGGCCCUCUGCCUGGUUCCCUGUAACUUGGCUUCUCGCAGGGAGGGAACCGCCAGAAGGCCCUCGGCGCUGGACCUCAGUUUCCGGGCUGAACGAUGGGGGUGGAGACACUCCUUGUGGACCGAGGCCGUUUAGGGCUUUAAAGGUCAGCACCAACACUUUGAAUUGUGCUCGGAAACGUACUGGGAGCCAACCCAUAAGCAGGGCAAGACUUUAGCAAAACAAUUCCACACGCAUCCUUUCCCUGUGUCCCUAGCUCUGCUACUUUGGAACAAGGCAUUUUCAUUUAGCUGUCAUGGCCAACGGCUGUUCCUGAACCAAUUCUCCAGGAAUAGCAUUGUCUCCUCUUUUAUUUUAUUUUUUUAAAGCAAUCUUAAGUUUCCCAUCGUGCAUUUCCAUGCCCAGGAGUGCUUCACCUGUUGGAUUUUUGGCUGCUGGCAAACUGUUCAUAGGGGCCUGCUAGAAGCAGAGAGAGAAAAUACCCACUUAAAGAGGUGUGUGUGGUUUGUGUUGAGAAAAUGGUCCCUAGAGAAGCAAAGGAAGACAUGAGGAAACAGUUCCUGCUAUGCUGGAUCACAAUAUAAUUGGCUCAUUGUGAAAGAGCUGGAUGUCAGCACUCCUGCCUUCUCGGGCCUGGGAAAGCACCAGCCCACAAAAUAGAAUAAAGGUAAAGGGACCCCUGACCAUUAGGUCCAGUUGUGGACGACUCUGGGGUUGCGGCGCUCAUCUCGCUUUAUUGGCCGAGGGAGCCGGCGUACAGUUUCCGGGUUAUGUGGCCAGCAUGACUAAGCCGCUUCUGGCGAACCAGAGCAGCGCACGGAAAUGCCGUUUACCUUCCCACUGGAGCGGUACCUAUUUAUCUACUUGCACUUUGACGUGCUUUCGAACUGCUAGGUUGGCAGGAGCAGGGACCGAGCAACGGGAGCUCACCUUGUUGCGGGGAUUCAAACCGCCAACCUUCUGAUCGGCAAGUCCUAGGCUCUGUGGUUUAACCCACAGCACCACCCGCGUCCCUUUUUAACCAGAAUGCAGGUAGCAGUCAUAAAAAAAAAUAACCCCUGGACGGUUAAGCCCAGACAAAGGCAACUAUGGGGUUGCGGCACUCAUAUCACUUUCAGGCCGAGGGAGCCAGCAUUUGCCCACAGACAGCUUUCCGGGUCAUGUGACCAGCAUGACUCAACCGCUUCUGGCGCAACGGGACACUGUGACGGAAGCCAGAGCGCGUGGAAACACCGUUUACUUUCCCGCCCCAGCAGUACUUAUUUAUCUACUUGAACUGGUGUGCUUUCGAACUGCUAGGUUGGCAGCAGCAGGGACUGAGCAACGGGAGCUCACCCCGUCGCAGUGAUUCGAACCGCCGACCUUCUGAUUGGCAAGUCCUAGGCUCUGUGGUUUAACCCACAGCGCCACCCGCGUCCCCACAAAAUAGAAUACUACAAUGCAAAAGGAGCAAAAACCGAUCUGAAUGUUCUGCCUUUAAAUGGUGCCGAUUCUGAAACGUGUCGGGCAUAGCCUGUAAAUCCUGUCGUAUAGCAGGCAGUUGUGUGAAUCCCUUCGGGAGUCCUGGAUAUUACUUGCUUCCAGGGGCCCCUGUUGGGACUUUGGCAUCUGGAUCACAAAGUCACCCAGCACCCUUUCCAAGGGGCCUGCCCCUUUUCUGCCUGCCACCACGGCAAUCCCAGAUUUGCAGACCCUGCGUCCUCUUGGCUCAUCCUCUCACAGUGCAGCAGGGGGAACAAUGUGACCGAGUCCCUUUUGGUGCUGUUCUGAGUUCUGCUCCGUUUAUUUCUGGCGGGUGCCAGCUUGACGAGGCAGGUGGGUUGCUAACCACAGAAAGGCUGAAAUCUGCUCUUCUCCCUUGCAAGCAAAGAUGUGUCGGGCCGAAGGAGACGCAGAACGCAGUAAUUUUCAUCCAAUACGUUUAUUGCACUAGCCAAAGGCGAUUCCUUGCAAGGUAGCAACCUAUGAUGUGUUUUUAUCUUGCGUUUUUGUGAACCACCCUGAGAUGUACGGUGCGCAAAAUAAAUAAAUGUAUAGAACAUACAUUCAUCAUAUAAACCAGGCAUUAGUAAUAUGAGGAAAGCAAAAUCGGAAUUACUGGCAGUGAGCUCAGCUUCCGAUUUAACCUUCCAAUCUACAAAACAGUAUUAUUGUACAGGGCAUUUGUUCCCAUGGAAACCUUCCUGCAAGGCUCUCAGUGGGGCUGGCAUAGAUUCCAUCCCUCUGUUCCCAAGUGUGCUUAUUGUGCCUCCUCCAUCUUUGCUGCCCCCCACCACCACAGGCCUCGUCCAGAGCAUCAAAGACCACGUCACCAAGCCCACAGCCAUGGCCCGUGGCCGUGUGGCCCACCUCAUCGAGUGGAAGGGCUGGAGUGCUCCGAGGAUGGGCUGGGAGCAGGCCCUGACGGAGGAGGAGAUCUACGCCGACCUCACCGAUGAGCUGAAGGAGGCCUGGUUUGCAGCAGGUCAGCAGUGGGGCUGGGGCCUUGCAAUCCCAUAAAGGAGGCACCAGCUUAAGAGCCAUGUUCAACUGAUGCUGUCUGGGUGCUGGUGUCCUUGGGGCGCUGAGAGGUCCUGCACCUCUCCUCUGAAACUGCUCAUGAAGACUGCUUGCGUACACUUCAGAGCAGGAACUGUAGCAUGUCAAGGGGUGCUGGGAACUGUAGCUGUCUGUGAGGGAUCUCCUCUCAGCUCCCAGAAUUCUUUGGGGGAAAGCCAUGGCUGUUAAAAGUGGUGUCAAGAGCUCUUUAAAUGCAUGGCACAAAUGUCACCUUUUUCAAGCAUCCCGGAAGAGGAAAUGGCAGUAAAUUUUGGCCGAGUCUCCCUGCUAUAAUCCAGGCAGGAACCGGGUGACGUAGUCCCAGCUGCAAACCAGCCCUCAGCUUUGUUCCCAAGAAAGCCGGGGCGUUCUAGAUCAGGAGGGGCUCCCUUUUGGGGGGUGGGGAAGGUGUGAGGUUUAUUUAGGCUAAGCCUGGCUUGCAGCUUCGUUCUCCCAAGACCUGUGAGGGUCCAGGGAGGGGUGGCAUGCGCCGGCUGCUUCCCUGACAUCUUCUGCUCUCCGCCUUCCCCUGCCCAGGUGUGGCUGAGCAGUUUGCCAUUGCCGAAGCCACGCUGAGCGCCUGGUCCUCCCUGGACGAAGAGGAGCUGAAUUAUGGGGGGCAUUUGCAGGAAGGCCCCCAGCUCCAAGGUAACUUCCAACCCACCUCUGGUUCUCCCCAUUUUUUUAUGUUGUUUUUUGGGGGGGUUGCAGCCCACCAUAGUAGACCCAAUGAAAUUAAUGAUGCUAAGUUAGUUACGUCUGUCAGCUUCAAUGAGCAUUGGGUCUCUCCAUCCUUGGAGGCUUUUGUGAAGCGGUUGCUUCCAGUUAUCAUUUGAGGAUGCUAUUGGUCCAGGUAGCCCUUGCUUCACCCUGCCCCCCCAAUGCUCUUGAGUUUCCCCUCCCACCAUCCCUCACCAUUGGCCCUGCUAGCCGAGGCUGAGGAGAGUUGCACUCACAACAUCAUUUGUGGGGGGGGGGGCACAGAUUCCCCAUCCCUGAUACGCAGGAAUCUGCCUUACAUUGAGUCAGGCCACUGGUCCAUCUAGAUCAGUGUUGUGUACUCUGACUGGCAGCAAUGGGUUCAAACCCUACCUAGAAAUGCUGCCGGCGGGGAUUGAACCAGGGGCCUUCCGCAGGCAAAGUAGGGGCUCCCUACCCCUGAGCCACAGCCCCUUCCCCAAAUUUAAUUAAUAAUAAUAAUUUCUCCUCCUUCCAGACCUGAGAGGCCUCUAUCUGCCGCCAGGGACCUUUCUCCUCACCCCGCAGGGCACAGGGAGCCCCUCCAACUUGGAUAGCAGCCUCCCAGCCUUCUCCCUCUCCAGCUGCAAGUCCCCCCUCCCCACCGGCUGGAGCACCCCGAUGGACAGUCUGGUGAAGGCCUUGCCCCAGGAAGCGGGGCAGGAGAGCCCCGUGGGGUCCGUGUGGCUCCAGCGCAGUAGCACGUCCCUCCGAUACGUUGACAGCAGCUCCCUCUCGGAGGAUGAGGUGUUCUAUAACUAGAGGACUCUGGGGGGAGGGCAGAGGCUGGGCUGGGGGGGCUUGUGUGAAGGGUUCCACCAUCACAUCCGGCGGGCGUUCCUGAGCGUUUGAGGAGGUUCUUCAAAUUGUGGCACCCUUGGGUGACGUCUGCUUGCUCGAGCAAGCCGCGAAGGAGGUCAUGACAGUUGAAUCGCUUCAAUCAUACGUUCCUCCUAUGGGUGCACCCCGCCCAACACCUCCCCCCAAAAAGCUGUUGUUGCUUUUUUGGUGGGUAUAAUCUCACUGCUAGGUAAAAGGUAAAGGGACCCCUGACCGUUAGGUCCAGUCGUGGCCAACUCUGGGGUUGCGGCGCUCAUCUCGCUUUAUUGGCCGAGGGAGCCAGCGUACAGCUUCCGGGUCAUGUGGCCAGCAUGACUAAGCCGCUUCUGGCGAACCAGAGCAGCGCACGGAAACGCCGUUUACCUUCCCGCCAGAGCGGUACCUAUUUAUCUACUUGCACUUUGAUAUGCUUUCGGACUGCUAGGUUGGCAGGAGCUGGGACCGAGCAGCGGGAGCUCACCCCGUCACGGGGAUUCGAACAGCCGACCUUCUGAUCGGCAAGUCUUAGGCUCUGUGGUUUAACCACAGCGCCACCCGCGUCCCAAUCUCACUGCUACAGCCCUUUUAUUUAAACUGAACUUCCGGGGCCGCUCUGUUUACUAACCCCAGGGUGCCUGGGUUUGGUAGGGGCAGCCAAGAAGGCCUCUCAAGAUGGCAAAGGCGUUUUGGGCCAUGUGCCCCACUCCCAUCUUCCCACGCCUGCGAGAACCGCCAAACGGCCAACUUCCGUCUGCUUGUUUGGUUUGCAGAACGAGAUUGGGGCAAACCCCUCACUCUUUUCCUCCAGGGGAGUCUGCUUGGCCGGCUGGGGGGAGAUACCUGCUUUGAGGGACCUCGUUGCUCCUCCACCCUACCCCACACACCCCAGCUCACUGUGUAUAUUUGUAAAUAAUAAAAGAGAUAUUGCACAGAAAUUGCCUCCCUGUAACCAGAGUGUACUAACUGCUGGAAAGAAGCUCAGAGCCCUGUUGCAACAAGGGACAAGCUGGAACAUGGGCAGAGGAAGGUGACGGAGAUGACAAAGGGCAAGCCAUAUGAGGAACAGUUGAAGGAGCUGGUUAUGCUUGGCCUGGAAAAGAGGAGACUGAAAGGAGAUACGAGAGCCAUCUUCAGACAUCUGAAGGGCUGUCACAUGGAAGAUGGAACAAGCUUGACUUUUCCUGCUCUGGAAGGUAGGACUCCUACCAAUGGCUUCAAAAAAGGAGAUUCCAAUGACACAUCAAGAAGAAUUUUCUGACUGUAAGAGCUGUUUCGACAGUGGAAUAGGCUCCCUUAGGAGGUUGUAGACUCUCCUUCCUUUGAGGUUUUUAAGCAGAGGUGAAUAGCCAUCUGUCAUGGAUGCUUUAGCUGAGAUUUCUGUGUCAUUGGGGAGGUUGGACUAGAUGGCCCUCGGGGGUCCCUUCUAACUCUACAAUUCUAUGAGGGAAGCAGGGACCAAUUUAUAUGUGAUUCUUUUGCACUUUAAGCUGUUCUUGCUGGAAAUCGGCUCUGGACAGGCUUUGAUUGCAAAGGAAAUGUCACCAUACAGCUCCCUCUUUCCCUUGCCCAGAGGUGGCACUCCUAGGAGCAGGAGGUGGUUUUUAAAAAAUACAACACGCCCCUCCCAAUCACAUUAUUCUGUACCACCCUGAAAACCACUGAAACACCCCCACUCCAUAAAUUCAGGUGGUGAAUUUGGGGGUCCAUUUCAACUCAGCCCAGAUAUUAGCACAGACCUUCCAUCAUAUUGUAAAAAAUAAUAAUGGGGUUUUAUAUUUUUCAGUUGUUUAAAAGUUUCAGUUGUUAAAGGUUUCAAGACGUGCCAAGAGCUUAUACUCCUCUCCCAGACCUCCCCACCUAUCCUCAUUUGCCACCGACGGUGUGAAAAUACAUCUUUAAUUUGCUCUUGACACCAGGUAACAUUCAACAGGAAUCUCCUUCCAUCGUGGUUUCGAAUCCCCGCCUGGUCCUCUGUGGUCUUAAUUGGGAAGGACGCCUCUUCUCAUUUUGCUGCUUUGGGAUUUGCCAGGUCUUCGAUGGCUUUCCUCACCUGAAGGAAAAAGAAGGAAGGAAGCUGAGAGCUGGAUGGGAAGUGGGGUGGAUGUUUUCACACUGCAAUCAGCCUGGAAGGGGUUUAACUGCCCUAGUUUCCUGCAACCCCUGAUGAGGAACUGGGAACUCCUUCCUCAAGAAACACUUAUUCCUCCUGCCUUUUUCAGAAGCACUCUGGGUGUGCUGUAAGCUGUUCUCCCACCAACAACCCUUCGAGGUAGGUCAGGCUGAGAGCACGACUGGCCCAGAGUCACCCGGUGUGUUUUGCGGCUGAGGGCACAAAGGGAUUCGAAUGCAGGUCUCCCCGUUCUGCAGUUCUCUGAGUUUAGGAUCCAGCCCCAUCCUCUCCCAAUCUGCCCCGCUUUAAGAGUGCCAGCCAGCUACCUCGUUCCUGGAGACAACGCCAACCACCUUCCCCAGUUGCGUGACAAAAGCUCUCUGAAGGUUCAGAAGCUCAAAAAGGUUGUGCACCUGUGGGGAGAAAAAUGGGGAGGAGAGAGAUGGGGGAAGGUCAGGAUGGUGAUGUGGGGUAAAGGUAAAGGUAAAGGGACCCCUGACCAUUAGGUCCAGUCGUGGACGACUCUGGGGUUGCGGUGCUCAUCUCACUUUAUUGGCUGAGGGAGCCGGCAUACAGCUUCCGGGUCAUGUGGCCAGCAUGACUAAGCUGCUUCUGGCGAACCAGAACAGUGCACGGAAACGCCGUUUACCUUCCUGCUGGAGCGGUACCUAGUUAUCUACUUGUACUGGUGUGCUUUCGAACUGCUAGGUUGGCAGGAGCAGGGACCGAGCAACAGGAGCUCACCCUGUCAUGGGGAUUUGAAACGCCAACCUUCUGAUUGGCAAGCCCAAGAGGCUCUGUGGUUUAACCCACAGCGCCAUCUGUGUCCCAGGAUGUGGGGUAACCCCUGCCUAUAGCUCCUUUAACAAGGCUCCUUGCAUCUUGAUAAGCCAGCCCAUUUCCCUGGUGACAGCAGCAUCUUACCUUACCUCUCUCGCCCUGACCUAGCCACUGUGAUUGUAACUCGCUCUGCGUGGGGCUGACCCAGAAACUCCUUGAGACUGACCCAGAAACUCCAGCGGGUGCAGAAUGCUGCAGCGAGACUCCUUACGGGGUCUUCGCUGCGAGAUCACAUUCAUCCGGUGCUAUACCAGCUGCACUGGCUCCCGGUGGAGUACAGGAUCAGGUUUAAGGUGCUGGUUUUAACCUUUAAAGCCCUAUACGGCCUAGGACCCUCGUACCUACGGGACCGCCUCUCCUGGUAUGCCCCACAGAGAAACUUACGGUCUUCAAAUAAAAACAUCUUGAAGGUCCCAGGCCACAGAGAAGUUAGGCUGGCCUCAACUAGAGCCAGGGCUUUUUGGCCGUGGCUCCGAUCUGGUGGAACACUCUGUCACAAGAGACCAGGGCCCUGCGGGACUUGACAUCUUUCCGCAGGGCCUGCAAGACAGAGCUGUUCCACCAGGCCUUUGGCCAGGGCACAGCCUGACUCCCUCCCUCGGCAAUCUUCGCGGAGCUCUGGCCCAAUGGUUGCCAGUGGCUUGAAUUAAUUAAUUUUAUAAUGAAUGAUUUUAGAGUGUUGUUUGUGCUGUACUUUUGUACUGUUUUAUUGUUGUUAGCCGCCCAGAGCCCGGCUUCGGCUGGGGAGGGCGGGAUAUAAAUAAAAUUUAUUAUUAUUAUU